CUGACGUAAGAGACUGCAAGAUAUGAAAUGAAACUUGUUUAACAGUAUCGUAACAUUUGUCGAAACAGCGAGAAAAUAUUCGAAAGGCGGGCAGUAUUUCCUGCAGCUGUUUUAGAUGAGAAUGUCAUUAGCACAGAGGGUUUUAAUGACUUGGCUCUUUACCUUGCUCUUCUUAAUUGUGUUGGUCCUGAAAUUGGACGAUAAAGCUCCUUGGAACUGGAUCCUCAUAUUCAUCCCGCUCUGGAUUUUUGAUACCAUUUUGUUAAUGAUGUCGAUCGUAAAGAUUAUAGGGAGAUGCAAAUCGGGCUAUGACAGGAACAGUAAUAAUCUCAAGAAGGAAGUCUGGUAUUUCUGCGCCAUGCUGCUUAAACUAAGUUUUCUGUUGGCACUGAGUGCCAGACUGGAACAUUUCUCACAAAUGAAACUCACUUUCGUUUUUAUACCACUUUGGCUCUUGCUCAUCGGAGCAGUUGGUGAUUUAGUCUAUAAUAUGUAUUCUAUGAGACAAGAUUAAUGGAGGGUCUAUAGGCUUUUGUUGUCAUCCUAAUCAUUGCCCAAGCAUCAGUGAAUGAUGCAGGACUCCACAAAAAUAUACCGAAAAGCUUACUGAACAGUGUAUUUCAACU